AUGGCGGUCGCGCUGGUUGCGACACCGCCCAUGCUGGUCGCGGAGAGGCUCACCUCAAAGCCUGGGCCAGUCCGGUGUCAAGUUCCCAACAGAGGCGCGCCGUCUACAACCGCGUUGGCAGGCUCUGUUGUGUUGGCAGGCGUCUUUACGAGGCGCAGAACGAGCACCUGGACGUCCCCGGUGGUGACGAGGGCAAAGGUCAAGCAGACGCGCAAAGGCCGCGACACCCCAGAGGAUGGCACCUCCUGGCGAAGCCAAAUCGGCCAUGUAACCCGCAUCGGGCCAGAAGGACGCAGCAGGCUGCAUCCUGGGGCAAAGCACCCAAGCCCGAUCGCCUCCGCCGGUAAAGUGGGCUUGCCCUCGGCACCCUCUGCUCACAGAGAUGGCUAUGCCGAUCCAAAGGAUCGAGGUCCAAGGUUUAGCACCUUGCCGCCACCUCCAGACAAGCCAUAUACGCCACAUUAUGGGGCUUUGCAGCCUGCCUUGAGGAGUCGGCUUGACAACACCCAAGACAUUCGCCUUGAAGGCUCCAUGGGGGAAGUCCUGCCCGAGACCGCUGACACGAUUUGCUUCGUUCCUGAGCCCUAUGUCCGUGCACAACGCCCAGACCAGCGUGUGCGCUCCACUGCAGCAUUGUCCGACAGUGAGGCUAUUUCGGACACUCUGGAGAAGGCCGGCAUUUGGUUUCGGCCGGUGCCGACGAGGGAGGAGCAUUUUCGUGAAAUGAGUGACGAUGAACUGCGAGAGCGACUGCGGGAUGUUGCGGAGCUCGUGUCGGGAUCUCGCAGGGACUUGCUGAAGCGACUUUACGGCAAGAAGUCGAAUGUCACAUCCUGGACGAAAGCCGAAGUGGAGACCGAAUGCUAUCGAUUGGGAUUGGAGGUACUGGAAAAGAAGGCAGACAAUGUGGUGAACAUCAAGAAUGCGCAGGAGUGGCAGCAGAUUUGCAACCUCAGCGAUGAAGACUUGGCGUACGAGUUGUCUUAUCGUGGCCUGGACUCGGAGGAUCGUGAAUCUGACGAGGAAUACCUUCAGAAACCUGGCGGUAAUGAUCCUUGCCAUGCUGCACAACUAGAAUGGGUGGUCGCGCUGACUCCGUGGAGGGAUCACUGGAGUGCUGCUUCAGCGCUGGGAGCACUGGCACCACUCAGCCGCUCCGGAGUGUCCUCGACGGAGAUGAACACACGACAGGCCGAGUUCUUCGACCAGCCAGACGAGUACUUUCGCGUGGUCAUACGUGUGCGCCCCCCGCUGGAUCGAGAGCUUUCAUCGCCGGUUUGGCAGCACGUGGUGUCAGUUACCGGGACUUCCCAGAUAUGUCUCUACGAGACAAUAGCAGAGAUGAACCCUGGUGACAGGGCAAGCGGGACGAGCCAGGUAGUGAACACCCAUACAUUCACGUUCGAUCAUGUGUACGACCAAGUUGCUUCCCAGCCAGAAGUUUACACGAGCACAGCGCGAUCAUCCGUCAUGUCGGCUUUGGAUGGAUACAAUACCACAAUCUUGGCUUAUGGUCCAACCGGUACAGGCAAGACCUACACGAUGGAGGGAUGUCAGGGACAGGAUGGGCAUGGCAUCAUCCCGCGGUCCAUGGAGGACAUCUUCCAGCACAUCCAAGAGGCUCAGAACGGCCACGCAUCCUUCCAGGUCCGAGCAUCUUAUCUGCAGAUCUAUAACGAAGUCAUCUCCGACCUCCUGAAGCCCGACAGGUCGCAUCUCAUGAUUCGUGAAGAUCGGAGGAAGGGCGUUUUCGUUGAAGGUCUCUCCGAGUGGCUCUGCCGGAGCCCUGAUGAGGUGCAGACUUUGAUGGAGCAUGGAUCGUCGGCCAGGGCGACGGCUCAAACAGGUGCCAAUGACACCUCAAGCCGAUCUCAUGCCGUCUUCAUUAUUGUGGUUGAGCAUGAAACAGUGGAGGGCAAACGCACCGGGCGGCUGAACUUGGUGGACUUAGCCGGCUCGGAAAGGCCACGCCUUACAGGCGCCACGGGCCAGCGCCUGGAGGAGACGAAGAAGAUCAAUCAAAGCCUGUCUGCUCUGGGCAACGUAAUUUCAGCGCUGACGGAACGGCGUGGCCCUGUCUGCCGACCCCACGUUCCAUACCGGGACUCGAAGUUGACAAGAUUACUGGAGGAUUCCCUUGGUGGAAACUGCCGCACCACAAUGAUGGCCAUGGUUUCGCCAGCUGCCGAAGCCUUCGCGGAAUCUCUGUCAACCCUGAAAUUUGCCCAGCGCGCAAAAGGUGUCGUCACCACUCCACAGGUGAACGAAGAUCUUGAUCCCCGCACUUUGACCCGGAGGUACGAGGCAGAGAUUCGCCGUUUGCGAAGCGAACUUGCUGAGCGCAGCCAGGAGGUCAAAAGGAGCAUUGGAUCGGACUUCCCUGAGUCUUUCGAUCGGCACAGCCUGCCUUUCGAGUCGAUGGCACCAUUGCGCACGGACCUGGCUGGAAGCCGAGCUUCCAGCGUGUCAGCCGCAAGAGAGCUCACGGCUGUGGAGGAUGACAAGGCGCAGGUGGGUCGAUACAAGCAGCUUCUCUUGAAGCAGCGGGACAUCAUGAUUGCUUUGACGCAGCGCCUGCACGAACGUGAUGAGACCAUCAUCGCGCUGCAGGCAGAGUUGGAUGCGCGCGACCGGCACCUCAACGAGCUGAUGCAGCGCGGAGAGCGACAGGCUCUUCGCCUGGCUGCGGCAGAGAAGGCGCUCCAAGCGUCUUCCAAGGCCAACCUCACGGCCAUCUCGGGUGGCGUCGCCAGAGGCAGUGCUGCCACUUCAGGACCAGGGCUGUUUCCGCGACAGCCGCCACCGGUCGCAGUCCAGACAGCCUUGCCGGAGGCUCCUCCAUCCCCGAAGGCAUCCUCUUCUCGAGCUGCAGAGUUGGAGUAUUUGCCCAGAUACCUGCCAGAAAGUCGGCUCGACUCUCCAACUGCUUCCGACAGGAGCCGCAGAGCCCGUGAACCGAGCACUGCAGGGCCUGGCCUUCUCAGCGCAGACGACAAGGUACUCGAGCUGACUUCACUUCUAGAAGCGCAGCGGCAAGAGAAUCACAGGAUGAAGCUGGAGCUGGAAACUAUGCAAGACUCGAUGCUUCCAUUGCACGGUGCCUCCGUGGCCAGCACAAUGGCUAACAGCUUCAGUCCAGAUGUGCCAGUCCAACGCACCGAUUUGCUCGGACGAUUCCGUGACCGGCAGCCAUGGACGAAGCCUCACAAUGUCAGCGAAGAUGUUCGGCGGCACGGAUGGACACAGCCAACCAUGAAGAGCGACAGCUACAGGGCAAUGAGACCAAGCGUGCUUGCCGGCAAGGCCACGGCAGAAUGCGGGGGGCAGACUGCUCGUUGGAUAUCGCCUUGCAGUCACCAAGCGCAAGGUAGCCUGAGCCUCAUAGCACUUUCCAAACCAACUGGAGAGUUUUUUGCUGGAGCCACCGGCACGAUGCAGAGCCCCAGCCGGUCAUUCUUGUCAGCGAAUGGAGACACUCCGAACCUGCGAGCUGUCAUGGGUGCCGCGCUGGAUGCGUACCUGUGGACAGAAAGGCUCCAGUUUCUUUCUGGCAAUGCUCUCGGCGCACCGCUGACAGAAUGGCAACAGCAGGUCUUUAACGAGGUGGCCAAGAGCGCAGCUGUGCAGUCGAAGGCUGCAGAGCCAGAGCUCUUGGCACUUUUCGAUUCAGAAGAAUUUCGCGCGAACCUUUCCGCUUGCUGCCCAUCAUUUGCAAAAGUGUCGGCCGCAGAGCUCAUGGACAGACUCUCCAAGCAGUUUCAGGUGGCCGAAGUGGCAUCUGGCUUCCCUGCAUUUCAAGAUCCCGCCGAGCUGUUUCCGGAUUCUGCGGGAAUGUCUAUCGACUUUGGAAUGAACGGCACAUUCUUCCUGAGUGACUGGCAGGCGAUCUUGAUGCACUCCACCGUGGAUCCGGAGAAAGUCUGGCAUGGUCUCGUUUCUACCUACCAGGCAUUCCAUGUCAACUCCUCGAGGGGAACAGUGACGAUGGAGCAGUGGCUUGGCGGAUGCACUGGCAACAAGAGUCAGCCUGUCGAGAUGCUGUUGUCAACAUGCUAUGUGGAGCCUCAUUCCUUCAAAGGUCAGGACAGGAUUGUGCGCUACGACUACGAGCAAGGCACAGGUGACGUUUCUGCCAUUUUUUCCAACAAGUACAUUGCGGACAGCACACUUCUAUCUCCAGUCGACAGUGGUAUGUAUGAGAUGAACUGCAUUGACAAGGAGGACUUUGAAUGGGCGCCGCGGCACAACUGCAGUGCUGUAACAGCUUUCAAGCAUCUGGGUACACUCCGGCACCACAAGCACCUUUGGUUGAUCAACCAGGACUUCUGGAAUCGUGUUGGUCUCCUACACACCGCUUUGACAAGGAUGGAGACUCCCUGGGGACGUCAUGCCGUGCCAGCCGGCCGUUUCCUGAACUACUUCGAGGGCGCACUCCUAGGUCAAUUGCAGUUCCCGACAGCAAUUCGCUUCCUCCUCGGUUGCUUUCCAGCGCUCUUCGGCACUGACUUGGGAGUGAAGCUGCAAACAUGGGCGAGGAGCCGCGGUUGGGUCUUGAUUUGGGCACUUGGCCCGAAUGACAAGGCCAUUGUGGGAGAAACUUCAGACUUCAAUUUAGACCUGAUGGCGGGGACCUUGUCGUUCGAAGUCAACAAGCGCUUGAUUGAUCCGCUUGUCUUGUCUGAGACGACGGCUGCUGCAAGCUUAUCCCUGGGCUCCAAUGCAACAGACAAGUUUCACCGGAUGUGGGCGGAGGUUGCCCACCUGCGGAACACAACGAACGUGACCAAUGCGACCAUGGCGCAGAAAAUGCAGGAAAUUGGCACGCUUCUUCCACAGCUUCCUAUUCGUCCGCUAAUGGCUGGGGACUGCGACGCACAGCUGAAGAGCGCCGAGUGCGUCGGCAUGACGCUGCAGGGCAGCUGCCUGUGUUACGCCAGUGUGGACCCCCACAUGCAGGUCGUCAGCGAAGCGGAGGUUUUCGUGUGA